UAUAAGCUAAAGCUAACUCCCCGUAUUUGUAUCCAACUCGAUACAGCACGCACGCUCUCGCAUCCUGCGACUGUCCCGUUGUCCGUCCCUUCUCCUCCGAUCCGUCCCAGGUGUCAGGUCAUGGUACUGUUGCUAUAACAAAAAGACCAAGUGAUUAUUGAUAAAAACCCAUGGGGACUGAAAAUCGUGGUCGUCCUCAAUUUCCUGCAAGACCUGCUGCUACGCCUUUUGCUGCUGCUCCUCCUCCUCAGAAUAUGAUGCCUUUUUCAUCAUCUGGUCCUCUGGUUGGAUCAGAGGCCUCUGGUUUCAGACCUACUCCACCAGCUGCUCCCCUUCCUACAGUGCCUUCAUCCACACCGGUGGUUGGAUCACAGGCCUCUGGUUUUAGAUCUCCCCCGCUAGCUAGGUUUAACGAUCCAUCUGUACCUCCUCCACCAACGUCAAAUAUCCCACCUCCUGUUGGACCGUACCAGCGUUUUUCAGCAUCACCUUUUCCUUCAGCAGCUCAAGCACCUCUUUCACAUGCCCCACCUUUGGGGCAACCAGUAGCUCAACCUCCUGCUCCACCAGCUUCUCUUCGUCCGCAGUCUCAGAUACCUCCAGUGCCAAUGGGAUCUCCACCUCAAAGUAUAAGUUUUUCUUCGCCCAAUGUGAAUGUUCCAUACUCUUCAUCAGAUUCAACAUUUCCAGCUCCAAGGCCAAAUUUUCAGUCAUCAUUUCCUGGAUAUGCCCGUAUGCAGUCUAAUGCAGAUUUACAAGCUCCGCCUAUACAGUCUCCUUUUCCUCCUCACCAAGGAGGUUAUGCACCUGCCCCUCCAGCUUCUUCCUCUCCUUUUCUUACUCAUCAAGGAGGCUAUGUUCCACCCAUGCCAGUGGCUGCACCACUGGGUCUGCAGUCAAGGGACCAAAUGCAGCAUCUUGGCUCUGGACCUCCUAUUGGUUCCAUCCAAGGUUUGAUGGAAGAUUUCAGCUCACUCUCUGUUGGGUCUGUUCCUGGAUCAGUUGAUCCAGGAAUUGAUCUUAAAGCACUGCCAAGGCCAUUAGAUGGUGAUGUGGAACCAAAAUUGUUCACUGAGAUGUAUCCUAUGAAUUGCGAUCCUAGAUAUCUACGACUUACAACAAGUGCUAUUCCGAAUUCCGCGUCUUUGGUAUCAAGGUGGCAUUUGCCUCUCGGAGCUGUUGUUUGUCCACUUGCAGAAGCUCCUGAUGGGGAAGAAGUGCCAGUAGUUAAUUUCGUUUCAACGGGAAUUAUUCGCUGUAGAAGAUGUCGUACAUAUGUCAAUCCUUUUGUGACAUUUACAGAUGCUGGGAGAAAGUGGCGCUGCAACAUCUGUUCAUUACUAAAUGAUGUUCCUGGUGAGUAUUUUGCUCAUUUGGAUGCAACUGGCAGAAGAAUUGAUUUGAAUCAGCGGCCAGAGCUUACAAAGGGUAGUGUGGAAUUUGUUGCUCCAACUGAAUACAUGAUGCGGCCGCCCAUGCCUCCAGUAUAUUUUUUCCUCAUUGAUGUGUCGAUAUCUGCAGUCAGAAGUGGUAUGAUUGAGGUUGUGGCCCAAACGAUCAGAUCUUGUUUGGAUGAGCUACCUGGCUACCCCAGAACACAAAUUGGAUUUGCAACUUUUGACAGUGCGAUACAUUUUUAUAAUAUGAAGUCAUCUUUGGCACAGCCACAAAUGAUGGUUGUCUCAGAUCUGGAUGACAUAUUUUUACCAUUGCCAGAUGAUCUCCUUGUCAAUUUGUCUGAAUCAAGAAGUGUUGUGGAAACAUUCCUGGAUAGCUUGCCCUCCAUGUUUCAGGACAAUGUGAAUGUGGAAUCUGCUUUUGGUCCUGCUCUUAAAGGAGCUUUCAUGGUUAUGAGCCAACUUGGGGGAAAAUUGUUAAUAUUUCAAAACACACUGCCAUCUCUUGGUGUUGGCCGCUUAAAAUUGCGUGGGGACGAUCUUCGUGUUUAUGGAACAGAUAAAGAACAAACGUUAAGACUUCCUGAAGAUCCCUUUUACAAGCAAAUGGCUGCUGAAUUAACUAAGUACCAGAUAGCAGUGAAUUUAUAUGCGUUCAGUGACAAGUACACUGAUAUAGCCUCUCUAGGAACUCUGGCAAAAUAUACUGGAGGUCAGGUGAAUUAUUAUCCAAGCUUCCAAUCUGCCAUUCAUGGAAAAAAGUUGAGGCAUGAGUUAACCAGAGACCUUACACGGGAAACCGCCUGGGAAGCUGUCAUGCGCAUAAGAUGUGGAAAAGGGGUCCGCUUUACAUCUUAUCACGGGAACUUUAUGCUAAGAUCUACGGAUCUAAUGGCGCUUCCAGCUGUAGAUUGUGAUAAAGCAUAUGCAAUGCAAUUAUCUCUUGAAGAGACAUUACUGACGACUCAGACAGUAUAUUUCCAAGUUGCCUUGCUAUAUACGGCAUCUUGUGGAGAAAGGCGUAUUAGAGUGCACACGGCAGCUGCGCCAGUUGUUGCAGAUCUGGGUGAGAUGUAUCGUCAGGCUGAUGCCGGUGCCAUUGUCUCCUUGUUUAGCAGGCUUGCAAUUGAGAAAACAUUGUCACAUAAGCUGGAAGAUGCGCGAAACUCUGUGCAACUAAGAAUCGUCAAAGCCCUUAAAGAAUAUCGAAAUCUCUAUGCUGUGCAACAUCGCUUGGGAGGCAGGAUGAUAUAUCCAGAGUCUCUGAAGUUCUUGCCUUUGUAUGGAUUAGCAAUUUGUAGAUCAACACCUCUUCGUGGAGGGUACGCUGAUGCUUCACUUGAUGAACGCUGUUCAGCAGGUUACACAAUGAUGACUCUACCAGUUAAGAAAUUGUUAAAGCUUCUAUAUCCGAGCUUAAUUCGACUUGAUGAGCAUCUUUUGAAGGCAUCUGCUCAGGUUGAUGACUUAAAAAACCUUGACAAAAGGUUACCGCUGGCUGCUGAAAACUUGGAUCCCAGAGGUCUUUAUUUAUAUGAUGACGGAUUUCGGUUUUUCAUAUGGUUUGGUAAAGCUCUUUCACCUGAUGUAGCUAUGAGUUUACUUGGGGCAGACUUUGCUGCAGAAUUAUCAAAGGCUACCCUUUACGAACAUGAUAAUGAAAUGUCGAGGAAGCUGAUUAGGAUACUUGAGAAAUUUAGAGAAAGGGACCCUUCAUAUUACCCACUGUGUCAUCUUGUAAGACAAGGUGAACAGCCCAGAGAAGGCUUCCUUCUUCUUUCCAAUCUUGUUGAGGACCAGAUGGGCGGUACAAAUGGUUAUGUGGAUUGGAUUCUACAAAUACACCGGCAAGUUCAGCAAAAUGGAUAAUAUAACAAGUUCAGAGAAAUCUAUGAUACACAGGGGCUUAACGGGGGGCAUGUUCUGUGCCUCAUCUGUAAAUUGAUGGAACCCUUGAAUUCAGACAAGGGUUCCCCUUGAGAAGCAUCAAUGGUUUAGAUGAUGAAUUUGUCACCAUAAAUAUCGAUCGAUUUGUUUGUCCACUAUAGGAUGUAAUAAUUAGGGGAGAUGUAGUUAGUGAUAUAAUCUUAUGCUCUGCUUGUUUUCAAAUUGAGAAGGAAAAAAAGAUCAAAUUUUUGUAUGCGACAUCAUGACUAUUUUUGGCAAUUUUUCUAAGUUGUGUUGUAUUUUGAUUUUUUUUCCCCAACAUACCAUAAUUGUCUGGUAGAGGUUCUUUCUGCAACAGCUAGCUCACUAAAUUAUUGGAUUUUGUUCAGUUACAAUGAUAAUUUUAUUUUGAUAUUUGAAGAAGCAUUUGUUCCCU